AAAAGUUUCAAAGUUGAAAACAACAUAAUUUACAACAUAGCUGUCAAAAAUCAGACUUUAGCAAGCUUUAAGUUAAAGUUUUUGUGUUUAAAACAAUUCUCUUUCGGUUUUUAUAAUUUAAACCAUGGUUCCGAACUUCAAACAAAUUAUUUGUAUGUUUGUAUUGUUAAAUUUGGUAUCAAAUGUUUUUUCAAUAAAAUGUUGGAACUGCAGAUCUAAUAAUGACCCGAAAUGCGCAGAUCCGUUUGACAAUAGUACUGUCCCAAUAACUGAUUGCGACCAAGAAAAAGGAUUGCAACAUUUGCCGGGAUUGCGACCAAGCAUGUGCAGGAAAAUAAGACAAAAAGUCAAUGGAGAAUGGCGUUACUUCAGAGACUGCGCAUAUUUAGGUGAAGUUGGUAUCAAAGGAGAUGAAAGGUUCUGUUUGAUGAGAACAGGUACCUAUAACAUAUUCAUAGAAUAUUGUACUUGUAACAGUAAAGAUGGAUGUAACUCUUCAACUUUUAUAAGCCCUGUUCCAUUACUCAUGUUUGUGUCAUUAAUAUGGGUUUAUUUUAAGACAUCCUAGUUCUUAAUCCAUUUUAUACAAACUUUUUACAAAUUGUAAGUUUUUUUUUUUGUUAGGUGUACGAUAUAUACAAAAAAAGAAAGUUUUGACAAAUGAAUGUGUGACAGACACAAUUUUCCUAAAUAUUAAAAUAUAUAUAAGAUAAUAAUUUUUUU